AUGAACAUUGCCGAAGAAAAGAAACUUGAAGUUUGGAGUCUCAUUGAGCGCUACAAGAAGAAAAACGACGAUGGUGAUGCUGAUGAGUAUUUAGGUCAACUGAGGAAAUCUGGCAUGCUGGUGAAGACACUGAGAGACAUACACGAAGAAACUGUUGUCAGACUGAAGCAGUCACUGAGAUUACUAGACGAAACGGGGAUAAAUUUCAAGGCAGAACAUGAUUUAGAAUUAAAAAUAUUGACAACUUGUCAGAACGAGGAAAAGAAAAAGGAUGCGGAAGAAUACCUUGAAAGAAAUCUUCAUGCCUCCAUUAACGAGUCAGAUCGUCCGGCCAAUUUGAUAAGGAAAGAAACAGACAAGCUUGUUGCUAGUAUUUCCAUACAUCCAGAUGUAAAACCAACUGGAGUUAAAAGAAGCUGCGUUCUGUUGUCAUUCAGAAGUUCUUCGCCUUCUGGGUUGAUACACAUUUUAGACUACUGUGGUAGUCAUCACUUUAAAGCUAGACUUCAUAACAUUGCAAAGGAGUUGCAUUUCUUAUUUGAAGAUGCUUUUCUUUUGCAAGGACAUGUCACACUUGAAAGUCUUUUUAGAGAAACACAAAAUGUCGAUAACACUGAAGAUGAAUCUCACAAAGGACUAAGUAUCCCACUGAAAUGCUCAUCUGUUGAUGGAAUGAGAUAUGUACUAGACACACUGAAAAACGAAAAGACCACAAAUAGGCUGAAUAUCAUUGCCGAAAAGAUAUCAAUGGAGCUAAAGGAAACUGUGUCGAUAAAUAUGACCCCUGAUUUGUUGGAAUUUAGAGAUGUAUUUGACGAAACAGAUUCAGAGGGAUCAGGCUCUGAUGGUAUUAUUGUAGACGAAGUGGACAAAGCGGAGGAUAAAUAUUCAACUGAAAAAGAAUUGAAGCUACAGAAACUUGAUACAAAUAGAAAAGAAUUUGAACAUUCACCGACUAUUUGUACAGAUGAAACAGUGAAAAGUACAUGUGAGAAAGAGGAAGAUUCAACCUUACUUCGAGAUUCAGAGGGAUCAGACUCUGGUGGUAUUGAUGCAGAUAAAGUGGGUAAAGCCGGGAAAAGAUAUUCAUCUGCAAAAGAACGGGAAAAUCAGAAACUUGAUGCAGAUAGAAAAGCAGCGAAACAUCCAUUGGCCAUUUGUACAGAUGAAACAGAAAAAAGCAAAUGUGAUCAAGAGGAAGAUUCGACUUUACUACCAGAUUCAGAGGGAGCGGGCUCUGGCGGUACUGAUGCAGAUAAAGCGGACAAACUAGAGGACAGAUAUUCAUCUAAAAAAGAACGUGAUAAUCAGAACCUUGAUACAAAUAAAAAAGCAGCGGAACAUCCACAGACUAUUUGGACAGAUGAAUCUGAAGAAAGUACAUCCGGCGAUGAGAAUGAUUUGGACUUUUAUCUAGAUUCAGAGGGAACAGACUCUGGUGGUGCUGAUUUAGACAAAGCAGACAAAGCGGAGGACAAAUAUCUAUCUGCAAAAGAAUGGAAGAAUCAGGAACUUGAUGCAGUGGAACAUUCACCGAUUAUUUGGAAAGAUGUAAUAGAAGGAAGUACACACGAGCAAGAAAAAGAUUCGACUUUACUCCUAGUGGAUGAUAAAUGUCUGUGUAAUACACAGUCGUUAAACAGACAUUAA